CUUUUGGUCAGUCUGCACAAGUCACAGUUAGAGUGGAGGAGAGGCCAAGUCUACUACUUUAUUUCAUUUAGUGGAAAGACCUAUCAUCUGAGAUCAGAUGUAUUGCGUACUACUUGUCCAGCACUAAAAGAAGUAGCUAUGAAAAAUCAUUGAAAUCAUGCGUCUGUGACUGACUUUACGUAGGCCAUUACUCACAGUCUGGUAUUUGUUUCCCGUCUUGUUUUUUUGUGCAGGGUUAACGUGGGAUAAUCCACACCACCAGCUAGCGUAAAACUAUUUGGAGCAUCAUCAUCCCCAUCAUCAUCAUCAGAAGAAGAAGAAUGUAUAUAUGAUGCUCUCCAGUCCGACGAUCUAGGUCUAGAACCUCAAUAACCGCAAGUGAAUAACUAUCUGGUCCAUCCAAUCCAAUUUGUGCAGAUUUUCUUAGGACACUAUGGUUAGGUGACCUCAGAUCACCCUCACUUCAUUCCCCUCUCUGGCCGUCACCUGACUGGUGGUUGCAAUGGCUUUGCAAAAUGGAUACUCCAUCGACUCCUCCCCACUGGACGAGAGUGGAGAUACUACACCCCUACUUAAAAAAGAAGUGGUGGAUGUUGAUGAUUCAGUACCUCCACAAUGUUGCUCUGCACGCUGCAAUCUGGCCAUCAUGAUGUUCUUUGGAUUCUCCGUCGUCUACGGCCUCCGUGUCAAUCUAAGUGUUGCCAUGGUCGCCAUGGUCAAUGGGACCAAAAUCCAACCAUCUCUCAACAGCUCAGGUGGCCAUGAGUGCCCAGUUUCCUCCCACGGCAAUGGCAGCCAAAUCCCAGACCAACCAGAUGGGAUACCUCUGUAUUUGUGGGAUUCUCUGACUCAGGGCCUGCUGCUGGGGGCGUUCUUCUUUGGCUACCUGGUGACGCAGAUCCCCGGGGGUUACCUGGCCGGACACUUUGGGGGGAGUAUCUUCCUGGGGGGAGGGGUGCUGGGCACCGCAGCCCUCACCCUCCUCACCCCCCUGGCAGCGCAGCUAGGACCCUACUGGCUGUUUGGCUUACGGGCACUGGAGGGCUUUGGGGAGGGGGUGACGUUCCCGGCCAUGAUGGCCAUGUGGGCUCGCUGGGCUCCCCCUCUAGAGAGGUCUCGGCUCAUGACCCUUUCGGGGUCAGGUGCCAACUUUGGGGCCUUUGUAGCCCUGCCCCUCACUGGCUUCAUCUGUCACAGUCUGGGCUGGCCAGCUGUCUUCUACAUGUUUGGGGGUGCUGGUUGCAUUUGGGCAGUGUUCUGGUUCAUUCUGGUGUCGGACCAGCCUGGCACUCAUCCACGAAUCAGCACAAGAGAAAAAGAUUACAUCAUCAACUCCAUAGGAAAAGGGGGUGGUGCUCAUGGCUGGUCAGUGCCUUUGUUGCCCAUGAUGCUCUCUGUUCCCCUGUGGGCCAUCAUAGUGUCUCAGAUGUGUGCCAACUGGGGUAACUGCAUUCUGCUCACAUCACUACCCACCUACAUGGACACGGUGCUUCACUUUGACCUCCGACAGAAUGCCUUUCUCUCAGCUCUGCCUUAUCUGGGUGGCUGGGCCUUCUCAGUGAUAUCAGGUGUAGUAGCAGACAGCCUCCUGGAGAAGGAGCUGUUGAGUGUCACAGCGGUCCGCAAGAUCUUCACUAUCACAGGUCUGCUGCUGCCUGCAGCGUUCCUGGUUGCUGUGGGCUACUCCGGCUGCAGUGGUGUGUUGGCAGUGACCUUCCUCACCCUCUCUUCAACUGCAGGAGGCACCAGUGCAGCCGGGGUCUUCAUCAAUCAGAUAGACAUUGCUCCACGGUAUGCGGGGGUACUUUUAGGAAUCACCAACACUUUCGGGACUAUCCCAGGUGUGGUCGCUCCAAUCAUCACAGGUUACCUCACCAAAGAUCAAUCCCUGGCGGGAUGGAGGAGUGUGUUCUGUCUGUCGGCCGGGAUCAGCGCCGUAGGAGCUUUCAUCUUCACCUUGUUUGGGUCCGGGGAGGUCCAGAAAUGGGCCCUGGUAGAGGUGGAUCAGGAGCAGGCAGAAACAAAGAGAGACAGGUUCAUCCCUACAUGACAGACAAGACCUCAAGCAGGGUUCCCCAACUGAUGGCCCACGGUGGUUUUAUUUUGCCCCCCAUGUUUUCUGAGGAAAAAAAUUAUAAAACAAUAUUAUUCUUCAUUUUUUACAUUUUCAUUGUUGGACAUAAAAACACCAGGAAAUCAGCUCCGCGUCAUUUAAAUUUGGGAAUUCUGUUCCCAAGUAUUUCUGCACAUAAUAGAGAGGCAAGUGAUCAUAUACUAAUGUAAGCUACGUUGGAAAUUAUUAUGUUUAAGUCUGUUUGGGCUUCUUGCGGUCAAUUUGCAGUCGACCAAUGAUUUAAAAUGAUGUUCCGGCCCCCUGACUAUCCGCUCAAUAAAAUAAAAUGUCCCUACGCUGAAUCUAGUUGAUGAUCCCUGUAAGAUAUACACUGACCUCAGGUUCACUCACCAUCAGGUGGUUUUAAAAAGGAUGGGCCAGUGCAUUCUCUUAGUACACUGUGUUGGGAAUGGGACCCUUUAUCAAAUGCGGUAUUCAUGAGAGGAUAAGAUACUUUUUUAAAUGGCCUCUUUAUUUUCCAAAUGCCUUUCUUUAGUAUUGUUUACAACUAUCUGUUUCUGACCAUGUUUUGUAUUUACAGUUGAAGUCGGAAGUUUACAUACACAUUAGCCAAAUACAUUUAAACUCAGUUUUUCACAAUUCCUGACAUUUAAUCCUAGUAAAAAUUCCCUGUCUUGGGUCAGUUAUGAUCACCACUUUAUUUUAAGAAUGUGAAAUGUCAGAAUAAUAGUAGAGAGAAUGAUUUAUUUCAGAUUAAAUUUUUUUCAAAGUUGACAUACACUCAAUUAGUAUUUGGUAGCAUUGCCUUUAAAUUGUUUAACUUGGUUCAAAUGUUUCAAGUAGCCUUCCACUGUCACGUUCUGACCUUAGUUCUUUUAUUGUCUUUGUUGUAGUAUGGUUAGGGCGUGAGUUGGGUGGGUUGUCUAUGUUCGUUUUUCUAUGAUUUGGAAUUGCUGUGUUCGCCUUGUAUGGUUCUCAAUCAGAGGCAGCUGUCAAUCGUUGUCCCUGAUUGAGAAUCAUACUUAGGGAGCCUGGUUUCACUUUUGAGUAGUGGGUGUUUAUUUUCCGUGUUAGUGCCACAUGGGACUGUUUCGUUUUCAUUUUGUGUAGUGUUCAGUUGUUCCAUUAAAAAUAUGACGAA